UCAAGACAGCGUGGGCCAAGGCAUUUGUAAAGCUAAUGUACUUGGUGAAGAUGAAGAAGUAAAUGCAAGUCAAAGUUUAGAGAUCUGUUGCGUUACGACACCAGCAUCAUGGCGGGGCCCGCAAGCGUGUUGCUUCGCGAGCAGGGCCAGCACAACUUCUCCGGGGACAACUCGACGGGCGUCAGUGUGCUGCAGACAGUGCAGCAAGCUCGCGAGCAAGCAGUACUGGGAAACUACUCAGAGGCACUAGCCGUGUACGAAAUGCUAGCGCAGACGGUCGAGAACUUCGGGGGUCGCAGCGAAACCUGGGUGCAAUGCCGCUCGCAGCUGCGCGAAGAGAUGAGGCUGGUCCAGAAUUUAGAGAGCGUAUGGAAAACGCUUGAAAGUGAGCCGGGCGGUCCUGGCGCGACCGGCACGGGCGUCAAAACAGCAGUGACCAGUAGCGGUCACAAUUUUCCGCAAGGCGCUGAACAAGGAGAAAUAAACAUGGCCCAAGCCCCAGCUGCUGGAGAAAAAAACUCCUCCACCUCCGCGCUUCUGAGCGAAUUUCUCAACAACAGUGAUGACGCGGCCCAGCAGUCCGGCGGCGACAUUUGGUCCCCGCCACCGGCGAAGAAGCGUGGAGGCGCUGCUCCGUGGGCAAGCCGGGGACCGCGGGUGGCAACCGGAACAGCCGGCGGGGCCGUUGGCGGCGGCGCAGCUGCUGCUUCCGGUUUAUCAUCUGCUAACGCCAUGCCCUCCAUGACGGCCGGUGGCGCACCUACUACUGCUGCCCAACCCGCUCGACGGGGUUCGCGAAACUAUGCGAAGCCCUGGACGGCUGCACAGCAACCCGAACUACACUCGGCAACUGGACUAGGAACAAAAAGAUCUGCGAGCACUGGGGGCAGCGGCGCAACAGGUUCAUCAGGUUCCCAACUGGCGGCUCAGCAACAAAACGCAAACCACAACCCUGCGCGGCAGCCAGCCGGCACGUCGCACGGGCAUGCACCAGGUGCAGGUGGUCCCCAUCAGCAGGUUGUUUCGGGCCGGGUGUCCUACCUGGAGCACGUGUAUGGUGACCGCAUGGACGGACCCGACGCGGAACUGAUUCAGAUGUUGGAGCGCGACUGUGUGGAGUCCGACCCGCAGGUUUCCUGGGACGCCAUUGCGGGCUGCGAAACCGCGAAGGACUUGCUGGACGAAGCGGUCGUCAUGCCCUUAGCGAUGCCCGACUACUUUCAAGGCAUCCGACGGCCGUGGCGUGGGGUGCUGCUCUUUGGCCCGCCGGGAACCGGGAAGACCAUGCUCGCGAAAGCCGUCGCCACCGAGUGCGAAACAACCUUUAUGAACGUCUCCGCGUCCACCAUGGCUUCCAAAUACCGGGGCGACUCCGAAAAACUUGUUCGCCUGCUCUUCGAAAUGGCUCGGUACUACGCUCCGACGGUCAUCUUUCUCGAUGAAGUCGACGCGCUGGGUUCCAAGCGGGGCGAGGCCUCGGAGCACGAAGCGAGCCGCCGCGUCAAGUCGGAGUUGCUCGUGCAAAUGGACGGAAUCAACAGUAAUCCGCCCGGAAGUAGUAAUUCGGGAGGUGGAGCAGACCAGCAAGCGGCAACGGCUUCCGCAGGAUCCGGUUCUGGUGGCGUGUCGCAACAACAAUCGCAGACGAAAUUGGUGAUGGUACUGGCCGCCACCAACCGCCCCUGGGAUUUAGACGAGGCUUUGCGGCGGCGCUUGGAAAAACGCAUCUACAUCCCUCUGCCGGAAGCGGCGGGCCGACGGCAGAUUUUUGACCUGAUGUGCAACGACAUUCGCGUGGCGCCCGACGUCGACUUUGACCGGCUCACGGCGCUUACCGAGAGUUACUCCGGAGCGGAUAUCACCAACGUGUGUCGCGAAGCUGCCAUGAUGCAGAUGCGGCAGCACCGCGAGGCGCUGCGCAAAGCGCGGAAGGAGAAAGCCAACGUGGCCGAGAUGGCAAGGCAAUUCGAUGAAGUGCCAAUCACCUUUGACGAUUUUCUGGCCAGUCUGAAGAACGUGAGUCGCUCAGUCGGGAAUGAUGAUUUACAAAGGUUCCAGGAUUGGAUGGCGGAAUUCGGGGCGACGAUCUAGAAGAAACUUUGCGACAGCAGGUAGAGACCGAGCAACGCGACAAGGCCAAUAUGGGCGUGUCCAGAUACUUCAGUUCAGUCUCGUCGCGGCGGCUGCAGUGUUGCGACCGUCAAACAAGCCGAGCCACAGCACACGCGCCGAUUACGAAAUCCUGGGCCGGGCUACAGCCCUCUCCUUCACGGACCCUUUCCAAAGCGAACAUUCUGCGGAGCGUCAUGCGAUGUGAGAAGAGACGACCCGGAGGCAGAGGCUGAGGAAGGUGUGCACAGCCGUGGAUUGUGGUGGAACGCCCACAAUAGUAUAGACUGUGCUGAUGUGUGCUACGAAUAAAGACAGAACAUUGCCAGGCAGGAGCAGAUCGUGGUGGCUCUUGUUUUCAGUAAUGUGAUUCAAAAUUUUUAUCUUGAUAAACCAGUACCAGUCAUCUGGUCUCUACACUAAGC